UGUGAUCAGUUAAAUGUUUGUUUUGCAGAUGGAUACCAUGUUGCCACGAUGGUAGCAGAGACAUGUCAUUGUUUCAUUUGUGUUUCCGUGCCAAGCAUAUCAGAAGUUGGAUAUGCCCGGAGAUUUUCAGACGUUGUAUGUUGCCAUCUGUUAUACUAUGGGGAAGUUUUGUGAUCAUUGUGGCAACCGUCACUAACUAUGAUGAACUUGACACGAUCCCAUUUGAGAAUUGCACUUCGACAAAUUUGAUUCAUCUUUCAGACGAUGUGUUGAAGAAUAGACUCCAACAGUAUGGUGUUCACUACAACAUCCAGUCUGUAUUAGAUGUCUUACGGCAUUCUAAGUUCCGUUCGGAUGAAGCUGUCCAAGUGUUGAUGCUGAAGUACGAAGAAGCAAAGCAAGUAUCCCCCAAGUUCCUGCCUGAGCCGCUGCGGCGACACCCCAUCAUCGCUGUGGAUGGCUUCUUCACUCACGGUCGGGCCAUGAUAACGAAGAUGAUCUCCAACAGCCUGAAUGGAAGAAGACUUCAGUUGCCGACAAGGAACAUCAAUCGAUUACGGAAGUACUUUAACAAUGAUGUUCUACGGAAGCAUUUUUACUCCUUGUCCAAGUAUUUGGGAGCCCAUGUUGCGAUGCACUAUUGUAGAACAGCGCCUGUUAUCUUGGAGAGAUACUGGCAUGACCAAGCAGUCUAUGUGAUGGCUAGAAGCUUUGAGGGCUUGAUCCCGGCUAAGUCCACAGUCUACGAGUUUCCCAAGGAUCUUCUACGGCCAGAUUUCAUAUUUUUCAUCAAUGGAGCUCUCAACCCUAAGCUGUAUAACGAGAGCACAGCAAGUCGUCACAUCCACAAUGCUCUUACAGUCAAAAUGGUUGAAGUUUACAGAAGGAUGAGGAAUCCUGCCCCAAUUGAAAUCUUUCCUCCUAGCAUGCCUGAAGUCAUGGGUCAGAAGAUGCUGGACAUUUUAGAGGAAAAAAUGAAAGGCAACUUCUGCCCUAAACCAGAUCGUAAACCAAUAGAAAACUAAUAAAUGAUUCUUUGAAGAUUUUAUAUUUAAGUUUUUAAAUCCAACAGGAUUUUAUAACUGGUAUAUACUUUUGUGUUACUUACAAAAUUCAUAUAGGACUUUUAAAGAAUUUUAAUUAUUUGUUUAAUGUCAUGAAAACUUUAUCGACAUUCGACUUUAAUUUUGUAUUAUGAAAGUAACUUAUCAAACACGAUUCAGGUAAAGAAGAAACUCUUUGAACACAAGAUAUUUCAGAAUUAAAAUUUUUUUAAUUAUGGAUAUAUAAACAGACUUUAGUCUCUGAUAUUAAAGAAAAACAGCGUACAUAUUCGUUGUUUGUGAUCAUUGUGUUCCAAUAAAUGAUUUUAAUGUGUUAA